AUGAGCAUGUCGCCGACGCCGAGCGACUCAGGUCGCAGCUCGCCCUGUUCGUCGUCCGAUGGAUGCUGUCGGGCGCGCCUACAGAAGUCGGUCUCGUUCUGCGCAGAGGAAGCGUUGGAGGAGGUGUUUUUUGCGGACGAGUGGGAUCGUUCGCCUGCACCCGUGGCGCCGAAAUUGUCGUACGAAGACAUCCUCGAGCUCAAGCAGCUCCGGCUAAAUGUCCCUUGCUUCUCUCCUCCGCCCACUUACCGCCAGCCUUUCACCACUUCCUCCCCAUCUGCCUACACCUCCCCGCACACACCAUCCCCCAGCACCUCAACGUUUCCCUACUCCCGCUUCGCCUCGCAGCCCUCUCAGACACCUUCACGCUGGAAGAACCGGUCUCAGCCUCGACAUUCCGUCGACCCUGAUAUACUACCGUAUCUUGAAGCUGUUCCCAUCCGUCUUCUUCCUCUCCUCGACCCCGCCACUUCGGAGGAUCUCCCCCGAAGCACACCACCGACGCGGCCGAACAUGCCAUCAUCUACCAUAGAAGUGGUCACGCGGCCGGAUCCAGCUUUGAAUAUAACCUCCCAACCUAUGACGCCACCGGAACCUUCAUCUACCGCAUCCAUGCCUUCUUCUGCACUACCAGCGCACUCACCACAGCCGCAAACACCAACCACCCCUACAUUGCCGGUGUCAUCAUCGCAGGUCACUAAUCAGUCGGCACCUACCUCCUCCCCUGCUAUCGUUCCUCCUCCUGUCAGCUCAUCGCCUCCCACUCCUCUCCGCAAGGUCAAGUUUGCGUUUCUUCCGCUCUUGCCCAUGCAGGACCCGCUCCCAUCGCAGCCGGACGAGCCGCCAACGAAGAGCGUUGAGCAGCCCCCAAGACGUAAGAUCAAUAUGACUUUCUUGCCGCUUGCUGCACCUACAGGAACAACAGACAAGACACCCCAGCAGAAAGCAAAGGAGAAUAUUGUCGUCGAGCCGGAUGAUCCUACUACACCUUCCGUUAAUGGACCUUCUUCACCUCUACUCUCCACGGUCGUCGUUACCGAUCGGGAGCAAGAACCUUUGCUUUCUCCGGGCGCAGACACACGCGAGAAUGAGCACUUUAGCGAGCUCGACCACGACCUGCGCAAUGAUCUCGCACGCGCGCAAUCGCCUACAUUCUCUACAGCAGACACCACACCCGCACUGUCAUCCGCCAGCGACACUGAUACCGAGUUCGACACUGACGCGGACGCCGACACCGAUGCGGACGCGUCCCCUGGCGAGAUGGUUGCCGACGCGCAGCUCAACCUCGAACACCCAUUGUGUUCGCAGCACACACACGACUACUUCCCGUCGCGCCUCUGCUCGACUGCGGGCCAGACGCCGCCGCUCGGCACGCUCUACCCAAAUGCAGAUCGCGUCUUCCCUGGUGGAAGCCAGGCGAGCGCGAUGCGCAAGGCGAAGGCCGCGGCACAGGCGCGUGAAGAGUUAUCGCUCCCACUGUCUCUACCUCCAGCGCUACUCAAAUCAAUGCGCCUCGCAGCGCUGCCGUCCCCCGCCCUCAUUCCGCCCUCGCCGUUCUCGUUGUAUCCGCCGUCGUGUGAGACGACAUUAGGUGCGCGCGCAGAAGCUGAGAGGGCGAUCGUUGCGGAUAAGGGGGUGGUGAAUGAGGUGCACGGCGCAGAUACGGCGCUGAUGCCCUCGUCGUCGCUCGUUGUGGAGGCAAGCACGUCGCCGUAUGUCUCGCCGAGUGGGUUUGAAGGUGUCCUUGCGCCGAGCGGGGCGGAAGAGAAGGAUGCGAGUGUAUUGAUGCCGAGCUUGAGGCGCAAGCCGGAUAGUGUCGUUGGAGCUGGUAUACCCUCGUGA